CGCCCCUUCUCUCCCACCACCAAACCUAUAUACACACACACACACACACACCCUUGACCAUACCAUAUUUGAUAUUUCAAAUAUAAUUACUCCCUCUUUGUUCGAUUUCCGGUCGAGCCAUGUCGGAAGCUCACUUGAACGGAGCCUACUACGGCCCAUCCAUCCCGCCGCCGACGACGAAAUCCUACCACCGUCCCGGCCGCGGAAGCCGCGGCGGGUGCUGCUGCUGCUGUGACCUCUUCAGCUGCCUCUUCACAUGCGCCUGCAACUGCCUCUUCAAGAUACUCUGCACCCUCAUCGUCUUCCUCGGCGUCGCCGCCGUCGUGCUCUGGCUCGUCCUCCGCCCGCACAAGAUCAACUUCCACGUCGAAGACGCCGCCCUGACCCGAUUCCACCUCUCCCCGACGAACAACACCCUCUACUACGACCUCGCCGUCACCGUCUCAGCCCGGAACCCGAACAAGCGCAUCGGGGUCUACUACGACUCCGUCGACGCCACGGCGUUUUACCGGGACCACCGGCUCUCCACGGUCCAAGACCUGGGGGGGUUCUACCAGGGGCACAAGAACACCACCGUCCUGAAGGCGGCGUUCAAGGGGCAGAGCGUUGUUCCGCUCGACGGAGGCGACAGGGGGGGCUACGACGGGGAGACGAAAGAAGGGGUUUACGGGAUCGACGUGAAGCUUAAGAUGAGAAUCCGGCUGAAACUCCGGUGGAUCAAGACGAGGAAGAUGAAGCCCACCAUUGAAUGUGAUCUCAAGGUUCCAUUGUCGGGAUCCAAGAAUCCAUUUGAGAGGACUCGGUGUCAUCUUGACUGGUAGAUGCUGGCGGAGAUUAUAUAUUCUACUAAUAAUGUAUUUUUGUUUUAUUUUUUUAAUAUUAUUGAUUUGGUUACAAUAUUCGGCAUUAUAUUUGUUUUUUUUUAAAUUUGUUAGCUUUACAUUUUUUUUCCUCUUUCCAUAAAAAACACCAUGAGUAUAGUAUUCUUUCUUUCCUAUCUUUGUGUUUUCUCCCCUUUUCUUCUUUGGCAUCUACUCCCCCGUUCUCCAUUUUCUCUUUCUCGUCCAUCUCUCCUUUGCCUCGUCGUCAUCUUCCCUGUCUCACCUCGCUCAAAAAUUCCGCCGGAGUUCUAGGAUUAGUGUGUUCCGGUGUCGGUGUCGGCUCUCAAAUUCCCAUCACCGCCGAUCUCUUGUCGGAAGCAGGUAAUCGGU